UCCCGAAGGAUGGACUGGAUCCACUGCAAUAAAUGCUAUCAGAAACCAGCCAGUAACGUCCGCUUCAGCAUCUCCAACUGCAAGCACAUAGUCUGUCACAAAUGCAUCGAACAAGAUAAAUGCAGCGUCUGUGGAAUCGCCUGCAAACACUUGGCACUGACUGACAACAUUGCAGAUCAUGAGAAGAUGUACUUCAAAAAGCCAUCAGAGAUCUGCCGGAAAUACCUGGAGCACAUCGCACAG